UGUACUCUGUGUUCGUGGUCGACAGUGUUGUUAUUCGGUUUGCGUGUGUUUACUGUGUUAUGAGAUAGGCGUGGUGUAUUUAGUAGUUUCCCAUUUUUAGUUAUAUUAGGUUGUUUUAAAGAAUUACAGCAUGAUGAGGCGGAACGUUAAAAUGCUGCUUCUCUUCUCCAUCACAUGGAUGUUUGUGAUUGUAUACUACUUCCAGUCUUCAAAGGAUGAUAAGCCGGAGGAGAACCGCGCCCUGAGGUUGAAGGAUGGGUUGGUGGCGCUAGAGCCGUCGGAGGGGUUCCCCGACACGUCGCUGCCUACAGUGAUACACCCCGGAGGCGGCACGGGGGCGGCAGCUCUAGCAGGGGGAGGUAUCGCCUGGAACUACUUUGACGAGCGAAGCUACGUCGCGGGCGGCGCCCUCAGGACGGGCGAAGACCCUUACAACCGCAACAAGUUCAACCAAGCUGCGUCCGACCGUCUGGCUAGCAACAGGGACAUCCCUGACACAAGGAAUCCUGUAUGCACAAAGAAGAAGUUUCGUGACGAUCUUCCAGCUACUAGCGUCAUCAUCACCUUCCACAACGAAGCUCGGUCCACUCUGCUACGUACUGUUGUCAGUGUUCUCAACAGAAGUCCGGAGCAUUUGCUGAAAGAGAUCAUUUUGGUGGAUGACUUUAGCGAUCAUCCGUCCGACGGUGAAGAACUGGCGAAGAUCCAGAAAGUGAGACUCAUCCGUAACAACCAGAGGGAAGGACUCAUGAGGUCCCGGGUGAAGGGAGCGGAGGCAGCAACAGCUGAAGUCCUCACAUUCCUGGACUCCCAUGUAGAAUGCAACAAGGAGUGGCUGGAACCCCUCCUGGAGAGGGUAGCUGAGGACCCAACAAGAGUGGUCAGUCCGAUCAUCGACGUGAUAUCAAUGGACACAUUCCACUACAUUGGAGCUUCCCCAGACCUCAGAGGCGGGUUCGACUGGAACUUGGUGUUCAAGUGGGAAUACCUAACUGCUGAACAACGCAAGAAGAGGGCAAAAGAUCCUUCAAUGCCUAUCAGAACACCAAUGAUCGCUGGUGGACUGUUCACCAUCAACAAACACUACUUUGAGAAGUUGGGAAAAUACGACAUGAAGAUGGACGUCUGGGGAGGAGAAAACUUGGAGAUAUCAUUCCGUGUGUGGCAAUGUGGGGGUAGUCUUGAGAUCAUCCCCUGCAGUAGGGUAGGCCAUGUUUUCCGCAAGCGACACCCCUACACAUUUCCCGGUGGUAGUGGCAAUGUGUUCGCUCGGAAUACUCGUAGAGCUGCCGAGGUGUGGAUGGACGACUACAAGAAGUACUACUACGCUGCCGUUCCUCUGGCCAAGAGCAUACCAUUUGGAGAUAUCAGCGACCGACUAGAGAUGCGAGAGCGGCUGCAAUGUAAACCGUUCAAAUGGUAUCUGCAACACGUCUACCCGGAGCUGAAGGUUCCCUCUAUGGCAGACAUGGCUGUAGGGUCGCUGCAACAGGGGCCGUGGUGUCUGGACACUAUGGGACACGUGGCGCUCGGUACUGUUGGUGUCUAUCCUUGCCAUGGCACUGGUGGUAACCAAGAGUGGACACUGACAGCUGGCGGACUGUUGCGACACAGCGAGAUGUGUCUGACACUCACAGACACUAAUCCAGGCUCCACCGUAGUCAUGAAGCCCUGCAACAACGGCAUUGAACAGACGUGGGUGUCCAAGAACGGUCUAAUGAAGCACGCGAGACUCACGCUGUGUCUAGACUCAGCCAACAGUCGGACGGUAGGACUGACUGUGGAGAGGUGCAACUCAAGUUCGGCCACUCAGCAGUGGCAAUACGUGCUCACUACACUGUGAUAAGAGAGAUAGUGAUAACAGGCAGGCAACAUUGGUACACCCGUAUUGGUACACCUGGGGUUGUUGCAUUGAUACACCCACAGGUGCUGCUACGUUUUUACACCCCUGGGUAUUGUAUGGCAACUAAGGGUAGGGGCGUAAGGACAACCAUACUGAACACAAGAGUUACUGCGAUGAGGAAAAGCUGAGAUGAGAGAAAAAGUGUUUGGGACCAUUUGUCAAGCAGUAUGCUGUAGAGGAGGUUAGGAUGGUGGGGUAAAAGUAUGCUACUUAGGCCCGGUUUCCCCAAAAUGGUGUAAACUAGGUUUAUAAUAAACUAGUUUAUUUUUAAACUCCGUUUAAAAUGUGUGUUCGGUUUCUCCAACAUUUUACUGGCUUCGUUUAAGAUAAACGGCAAUUUGAGCGGUUUGCAAUCCUGAAUGUGUAUUUGUAAGGAAUCUUCGGUGGGCUUUGGGCUAGUGUUUCCUACAACCACCACAACGCUACGCUACAAGCUACAACUCAGUAGAGCAGACAGCAAAGAGCGAUCACUGUUUAAGGUUAUGUUAUCAAGUUAUUAUAAGUUGUUAUCAAAUUCAGAUUCAUUCAAUUUAUUGAAAUGACCAAUUCUGUCCCUUAUUUUAGUAGGCCCUCUUGUUUUAGGUCCUAAAGUGUCAUACUCUUCAUCUUCUACUUCUUCGAAAAUGUCUAUUAACUCUUCCAUUUAAGUUAAGGGGCAAACACUGCAAUUAAUAGUACAGUAGCCUAAUUUGAAAUAAAAUCAAAUGUACCAAACAAAGAUCUUAAUAAACACAAUAAAUUAAAAUAUAAAUAAAACUUAACUUAUAAGCUAGCCCUAAACCAAGCCUAUGUUCGUCGAAUUGAAUUUGUAGUUGCUUCAAUUAUUAUUGUUUUAACACCUACUUUUGUUUUGAUUUGAGGUUAUGUUACUGUUGUAAUUUACUGAUUUGAACUCAGUUUAUUUUAUCCCCAGUAGUUAAACCAAGUCGACAGGUGGUUUAGUUUGAACUUAGAUUAAUACCUAGUUUAAAUUUGGGGAAACACAAAUCAAAGUUAAACUAAGUUUAAAUCGCCGUUUAACUUAAAACUAAGUUUAAAUGAGUUGGGGAAACCGGGCCUAAGACGUAGUAAUUUUAAGAGUUUUCAGGAAAUGUUAUUGAUAAGUGUUAAAAACAUCGUUUAUCAUUAAAAAAUUAAAUAAUUUCAUCUUGACAACGUACAUUGUGGUGAGUAAUAUUUACUUAUUGUUAAUACAAAUUAUAUAAAGCGUACUUUUUAUGUUUUGCUAGUAAACUUUUUUUUGGGGGUUCGAACAUUUGGGCGUCAUACAAAUUAAUUUUCAAAUUAUUAAAUCAUUGAUUACUCUUUGACAAAUGUAUUAAAAUAUGAGUUUUGAUACAUUUAAAAUAAUUUGUAAACUAAAAUAUGUUAAAACCCAAUCAAUAAUGUUAGUGAAUAUCUGAGAUUAUUGAACUUAUCAAGAUUUUGUAAGACAUGUUUGAGAGACGAAUGUUGCCUGCCUUACGUUUGAAGGAACACCAAUCGGGACGCUAGUCAGUAGUGACGUAGUUACCUAAGUUACGAGCUGGCAGUCAUGACUAAAACUCUAGGUUUAAUAUGUUGAAACGUGGAACUGUUAAACGAGAAUAUGUUCCUAGUGCAUUAAAGUUGUAUAGCUUUUGGGUAAGUACAUUCGAAAUUGUGGUUUUAACAAAGGUGUUUAUUAGUUAUUUUUUCAUGUUUGUUAUACAGUUAGCUGAUUUUAUUAAGUGUAUGUUUUUAUUAGUUCUGCCAGCUCAAAAUCUACCAGAACGAUCCUACAUCACAUUUUGAUGCUUGUCGUACAGCUUUUCUCUAUUUAUUUCAUGUUUUACAUUCCGGUGUGUUUUGUCCUUUAGCCUAUUGGCCCAACUACAUAUUGUGUUCCUUAUUUUUUACUGUCUUCCAGUUUCCCUUCCAUAUUUAUCUUUUCCUUGUUCACUUAAUCAACUUUGUAUCUUUUUAUAUUUCGAUCUAUUUUUGUAUUACCUUUGUAGCUUUCUGAUUAAGUACAUUCAGCUUGAUCAUAAUAUUAUAUUGACAAUAAACCUAACUUUUAGUAGAGUAACAUUUACUUAAUGAUAUUAUUUUUAUAUAGCAUAAGAGAACUAUACAAAUUUUAUUUUUAUGAUAGGUUGGCUUUUCUUGUAGCUUUGAGUCUUAGGAAUUGUUUACUGUAUGUUUGUUUAUUGUGAAGUUGAUAAAUCUUUUUCUUGUCUUCAAAGCCGAGUGAUAUGUGUAAAUAGUAGAGUUUGUACGUUAAAAUAUUCUUGUGUUUUUUAUAUGUACAGUGUACAUUGCUGUUGUAUAGGAAUGUUGUUAUAGUUAGAAAGGUGCUGUUUUUACAGUGUAUAGGCUAAUUUUUAUAUUGUAUGUAAAUAUUUUAAAAAUUGUUUAAAUCUUUAAAAAUUAUAUUUAGAAAAUAAAUUCUCUAUGUAAUUGUUUUAACACAAUUUUAAUUGUAUUUCAGCAACAUUUUGUCCUAAAUAUUUCAUCUUUAUACAAUAUUGGUUCACUUUCAGGUAUGAAAACAAAAGCUUUUUAACUUUUAGGCAAAAAAUAUUAAAGCUGAUUUUUGUAAACAGUAUAUUAGAUGUAAUGACCAAAGGAAAUAUUUGUAAGUUUUUCACUAUAUCCUAUCAGUUACUAGCGUUUUUACACUUUUUCUUACUAAUAAGUUAUUAUUUGUUAAAUAAAUAUAAAUUUUAAAAUUCCAGUGUCAAGUGCAGGGGAGUUAAAGCAUCCCUUGAACUUGUGUGGAAUGUCAAAACCCUCUUGGCUAACCUUGUUUUAAGAAUGAUAUAGGCUAGAUGAAGAAUUAGAAAUAUUUAAUAUAAAUUUAUACUCAAUGGUUGUCCAAUUCUUUGCUUUACAUUUUGUAAUCAAGGAACUGAAAAUUGUUACAAUAGUUGAUUAAAGUAAAAAAGUCUCUUGACCUGUUUAAAGAGAUAUUUUUUAUGAAUAAAAACAAUAUCAGACGUAAAAUAUUUAUAAUUUAGGUUAAGUUAAAUAAUGAUUAAUUUUGUGCUCAAAUAGGAACAAUUAUCCUUAUUCAGUAUUUAACAGCACAAAUUGUAAAUAUAUAAUUAUCUAGCUUUAUAGUCUUAAUUGUUUGCCAGUCGAGAAUCGUCUGUCCUAAUGGCAAUUUUGAUUGAAAAUAUUGUUUUUAAUUAAAUAAAUUGUCGAUUUUUUAAGUAACCUUCAACCUACUUAUUUAACCUGUUAAAAUACUGGAGAAAACU